GUUCUGGGAGCGCCACUUGAACCGACUCUGCCGCAUGCACGAACUCAGGGAGAAGGAGCGCAUCUCGGUUGCCGCGGCUUCAAAGCUGUUAGCGAAUAUCUUCUGGCAGUACAGGGGCCAGGGUUUGUCCUGCGGCACCAUGGUGGCGGGCUGGGACAAGAAGGGCCCCUCGCUGUACAUGGUAGAUGACAACGGCGAUCGCCACAAGGGCAACGUUUUCUCAGUGGGUUCGGGAUCAACCUUCGCUUACGGCGUGCUGGACACCGGUUACAGCUAUGACCUGACGGUAGAAGAGGCAGUAGAACUUGGCCGGCGCUCCAUCUAUCACGCCACGCACCGAGACGGCGCCUCUGGUGGCGUGGUGCGCGUCUACCACGUCCACGAGAAGGGCUGGACCAAGAUGAUUGCCGGUGAAGAUGUGAACAAGUUGCACUACAUGUACGCGGCAGAGAAAAACCUCCGAGGAGAUGAGUGAACGCAGCGAACGCGCUGGGGCCAUGUGUGGGCCAAGUGGGCCAUGUGCG